CGUGCGUGAGGAUGCGCUGCUUGGUCUUCCUCGUGUCCGCUCUGUUGGCCGUGUGUCGAGCUCGUGGACAGAGUGAUGUUAAACCAGUGGUGGGGACGGGUGGAGGGGAUGUAUGCCUGCACAUUGGAGCCACCGAGGUAGACAGAGACGCUCACAUUGUCUGGUUUUAUGGUCCGAAGAACAAAGUCAUCAUCAGCUAUGAUAAUGGAACAUAUGACACUAAACUAUCAGAAAGGUUCCAGCUGGAUGCAAACGGCUCUCUGAUGAUUCGAUCCCUCACUGCCAACGACAGCGGACUCUACAACUGUGAGAUCUUCAGUAAAAAUGGGUCAUCUCAAAGCUUUAACCUGACUGUUGUGGAACCGUCCAGUUAUUCUUCAACACCGGCAACACCGACACAAACGUCAGCUGAUCACAGCACCGCUGGUCCAAAACCGACUACACCUCCAAACAACGGGAUACCCUGGAUCGUUGGUGUUGCUGUACUGAUUGUGUUGGUCGUUCUUCUCUGUGCUGUGUGGAAAUGUCGUGAGCAAAUCAAAGAAAGGUUUCGGGUUCGGUACGCAGAGUGUGAUCAAGAAGAUCCUGGAAGAUCCUCCGGACAGGAGAAUGUAACACAGGAUACAGCUGUGUAGGAUACAGCUGUGUAGGAUACAGCUGUGCAGAUACAGCUGUGCAGAUACAGCUGUGCAGAUACAGCUGUGUAACGGACCUCCCACAGACGUCCAGCGUUACAAAGGUCGUGUUUAAUGCUGCGGACCUGACAGCGAGCAGUAAAUAGCAGUAAAUAGCAGUAAACAUGGCCUCUGUCUUUACUGUCUGUCUCUUUAAGACAUUUGUCUAUAAAAGAUCCAAAGAGCAGCUGCUGCACUGUGAACCUGUAACAUCCAUGGAGAGAGUCGUAGGUUUUUAAAGUCUGGCACAUGUAUCUCAGUGGACCUGCUCUAUCUGAUAUGCAGUGCUGCUUUUACAUUUUCUUCAUCAGGUACUAAAUAUCUACAUGUUACACUGAUUCUGGAUGUCAGUCUCUAACACCAAAGAUCCACAAUAUUUCUGUAAUUUUACGCAUUAAUCUUGUAGAAACGCUGAGAUGUUCUCCUGUUAUGGCACUUCUUCUUCUUCUUCUUCAUGUUAAAAUAUCUCAGGGAUUAAAUGUGUAGUUAGCUUCACUCGUCUCGCUCACUUAAGAUCAACGUGGGCUGUAAGUGGCCCUGGAUGUCAAACGAUUCCUGGAUAUUCCUGGAUAUUCCUGGUUUAAACCAAACAGGAAUGACGUCUUUCCAAACAAACCAAAACUGAUUCUGAGGAAACUUGAAGAGCUCUGACAGACCGGGCUGUUUGGUGUUUACUGUUGUAAUAAUAUUGCAAUAAAAGACAUUUCCAGUGUGUGUGACAGACUUUACAUGAUUGAUCUUUGGCAGUUUUUCCUUUUCUUUGAUGUUGUUGUAAAAACCACAGUGAGACUGAAUGAUGCUGAUUUACUGAGAAUUUCAUGUGUUUGUACGGCUGGUGGAUAAAAUUCUGGUUAUAAACUAUAAAGUGUAGAUGAUAAAUGUGUCAUUAGGAGCCAA